UAUACAGCUGAUUACUGAAUGCGUUUUAAUUUUUAAAAAUUUAAUAAAUCAUUUUAUUUUUUGUACAAAGAUGCUUCGUUUUAACCUAAUUGUGGCCGUUUGCGAGAAUUCAGGAAUCGGUCUCAAAGGAGAUUUGCCUUGGCGAAUUAGGUCAGAGUUAAAGUAUUUUAGCAACACCACGAAACGCCGCCUUGAUUCCAGCAAACGAAAUGUUGUUAUUAUGGGCAGAAAAACCUACUUUGGAGUUCCCCCAAGCAAACGCCCCUUGCCCGAUCGUGUGAAUGUCAUACUUAGUUCCACACUCAAGUCGAAUGAGCUGCCCAACGAAGUCCUUAUUUAUUCCAGCCUCGAGGGCGCUAUGCAAGAACUGGAAAAACAAAAGGAUCAAAUUGAAAACGUUUGGAUUGUAGGCGGAAGCAGUGUCUACGCCGAGUCCAUGGCAUCGCCUCGGUGUCAUCGCUUGUAUCUAACGAAAAUCUAUGCAGAAUUUGAAUGUGAUACCUUCUUUCCCAAAAUACCCGAAAGUUUCCGUGAAGUGUCCCCUGAUAAGGACACGCCACCGGGCAUUCAAGAGGAGAACGGCCUUAAGUAUGAGUAUAAGGUUUUUGAAAAGCAAGAAUAAUAAAAUGCAUUUUAUUUUCCAUGUA